CGGCGAUACAAAAUUUCCGAGCAACAUUUCCUCCGCGCGGGAGUGCGGAAUAGAAACAUCCAAAACCACCAAAAAUCCAUACAUAACCUCAGGAUUAAACAAAACCUGAUUCUGUCUUUAUUCCCGCUCCCCGAACCACCCACUGGCGGUCCUCCAGCUCGAUUAAAGGCCCCGCCGAGCCGCCACGAUGAUGUCCCUCCGCUCUCUCCUCGGUGCCUCCACCGGCACCCUCCGCCAAUACCUCCCGCAAUCGAUAUCCCGUCCGACAUUCUUCUCCCGCUCGUUUUCCAGGCUAUCACUUGCAAAUGGGCUUCGGAGUUUGCGCUUGCGAUCUGAACAGAAGCAGACGCAGGUUGCUGGUAUUGGAGCUGUUGGGGCCAGGCAGAUUGAGCAGGUUCGGGGGAUGAAGACGCGGUCGUCGGUUAAGAGGCUGUGUGAUGGGUGCAAGCCCGUCCGGAGAAAGAACAGGGUUUAUAUCAUUUGCUCCAAGAACCCCAAGCACAAGCAACGGCAAGGGAAAUAAAGAUCGAAUAACGGAAUCGAUUCAUCACGGCUUACCACAUUAAAACGCUACGAAGGUGCAUAGUAUCGGAUGAUUAUGUACUAUUUGAUAUCUAGAACGCUUCGUGGAUAUGCGGCUUUUCAUCUCGACGCCUGGAAUGUCUUUGUCUUUUUCUUUUUUACUGCUGGCUGGUCGCGGCGUACGUUACAUUGUACAUUAGGUUCAUCAUCAAAAGGUCACUAUGGAAUGCUUUUUUUUCUGGUUUUGGAUUGGAAUGUAUCUUUCUGAUGUGUAGCCCUACACGUACAUUGUGCAUUGGUCUGUCUGCUUCAACUCAUAUUAUGAUAGAAUUCUCUGUCGAGACUCGAACCGACUGCCAUU